UAUUAGGAGUCUUCAUCCGGUUUACUUUACUCUCUCUCUCUCUCUCUCUGAACUCUAGAGAGAGAAAAUCUUUCGAUAGAUCACUGACCGAGAGAAAAAGACAAAGGAAAAUACCAAUAAAUAGCGCAGCACAAAAGUGAUAAAAAGGAAAAUCAAAUUGAAGGAAAAAGGAACAAAGAAGGACAUUUAAAGCAGGCGGUGUUAUCAGUUUGGUUGAUGGUGGAAAAUCCACUAGGCGUGUUGAGGCUUCCCAGGGGCAAAUUCGUCAAUUCGGACAUCCAUCCCAUGCCUGCCGGCGCCGCCUCUGCGGUCCAAGCCAUCGCCGACGGCAUUUUUCAGCUAAGCAGAGCGGUGUUCAUCGCUGGUGGUGGUGGGGAAGGACGAAUCUGGAAGGAUGCGGCGGCGAUUGGCGGCGUAACCCUCGUCUUCACGGCCUUUGCUGGCUUCGCAUUAGCCACCGUCGUGUUCUACACUACUAGGGGCCGUCUCAAAUCUCCAUGGUCGCGUAGAAAAAGAAAACACAUACUCUCACCUCAGCAGUGGAGAAAUUUGUUCACUCCAGAUGGAAAACUCCGCGACAAUGGAGUUAAAUUUCUGAAGAAAGUUCGCAGCGGAGGUGUUGAUCCUAGUAUUCGGGCAGAGGUUUGGCCUUUUCUUCUCGGAGUCUAUGACCUGACAAGUUCUGCAAAGGAAAGAGAUGUCACCAAAACUAAGAAUAGAGAGGAAUACGAGAAAUUGCGAAGGCGGUGUCGCAAACUUCUUAAACACAAUAGCGAACUUUGUAAGCCAUACGGCAGUGGUGAAACAAGCAGUGGAGGUGGUGGUGGAUGUCUCACUGAAGGCAUGGAUUCUCCCGCCUCUGAAGAUGUUGUGAGCGCUAGAGAAUCCCUUUCUAGCGAGGAAGCCAUCCCUAACAACGAGGACGAAUACCAGCCUGCCACCUCAGCGAUGGAGGAAUAUUCCGAUUUGAAGCGUAUUACAGGCCCAAAUGUUGCCCCCGACUCGGACUCGUCAGACUCAGACUCCUCAGACGACCCUGAAGCAAGCCAAACUUUCACCUUCACAGAAACCACAGAGGAUUUUGAUCACAAUCAAUCCUCAAAGGAGGAUAUGGAAGUCCAGUCCGAAUCCCGCAGCCGAGAAGAUUUCACCACCUGGCAGCGGAUCAUUCGCCUGGACGCCAUUCGAGCAAACGAGGAGUGGAUACAAUACUCGCCCGUACAAGCUGCAGUAUCUGAGUCCAAAGCACAUCGUAUUGCGGAGGUUGUUGGAUUGAAAGACUACCAUCAUCUAGAACCUGCUAGAAUCUUCCACGCUUCACGUUUAGUGGCCAUUUUAGAAGCCUACGCACUUUACGACCCUGAAAUCGGCUAUUGCCAGGGAAUGAGUGAUUUGCUUUCUCCAAUAAUAUCUGUAAUGACAGAGGACCACGAAGCUUUCUGGUGCUUCGUCGGUUUCAUGAAGAAGGCUCGCCACAACUUCAGGCUGGAUGAAGUGGGAAUAAGAAGACAGUUGAACACGGUUUCGAAAAUUAUUAAGUACAAGGACUCGCAUCUCUACAGGCAUUUGGUGAACCUCCAGGCGGAGGAUUGCUUCUUCGUGUAUAGAAUGGUGGUGGUGCUUUUCCGAAGGGAGCUUUCGUUCGAGCAGACUCUGUGCCUCUGGGAGGUCAUGUGGGCUGAUCAGGCUGCGAUCAGGGCUGGGAUUGGGAAAUCUGCUUGGAGCAGGAUUAGGCAGCGGGCCCCACCGACGGAUGAUUUGCUACUGUACGCGAUUGCAGCUUCCGUACUGCAGAGGAGGAAACAGAUUAUAGAGAGGUAUAGUAGCAUGGACGAGAUUUUAAGGGAGUGUAACGCUAUGGCUGGUCAUCUUGAUGUGUGGAAGCUUCUGGACGAUGCACAUGACUUGGUGGUUACCGUUCAUGACAAAAUAGAGUGAUAUGCUAUGGUGAAAAAAGGUUCAGCCAGCUUAUUUAUCAUUCUCAAUAUUAUUAUUGCAGCUUAUUACUGAAAAGUUUCUCUACGUGGUACUUUUUUUAGUAAACAAACUUGUGACGGUACUUUGUCGUGGCAGCAAAGCUAAAUGCAACGUGCUGCUGUGAAUGCUUUUAUAUUUCUUAGAAAGACUUCUAUAACUUGAGUAUCUGUACAAUUGUGUGCUGAGAAAAAUCUGGACUGUGUGUGACUCUACCCGCAUUUCAAGG